AUGGAAUACGUUGUGAUUUUCUUCCCAUUCGUAUUGCUUAUACUAGCUUACAAAUUCUUAUCAUCAUUCAAAACGCAACGUUUCAAUCUCCCACCAGGACCAACUCCAUUUCCCAUAGUCGGCAACCUCCACCUCGUGAAACCGCCUGUACACCGUCUCUUCCGCCGCUUGGCCGAAAAAUACGGUGACAUCUUCUCCCUCCGCUACGGCUCUCGCCAAGUCGUCGUGAUCUCUUCUUUGCCCCUCGUCAAAGAAUGCUUCACUGGUGACAACGACAUUAUUCUAACAAACCGGCCGCAUUUUCUGACGGCCAAGUACGUCGCAUACGACUACACCACGAUCGGAACCGCCCCUUACGGCGACCAUUGGCGUAAUCUCCGCCGUAUAUGCUCUCUUGAGAUCCUUUCUUCUAACCGCCUCACCGGGUUCCUCUCCGUUCGUAGAGACGAGAUCCAACGGUUGCUCACGAAACUCUCACGUGACCAUAAUGGACGUGUCGUUGAGCUUGAGCCUCUUCUUGCAGAUUUGACGUUCAAUAAUAUUGUCCGUAUGGUCACAGGGCGACGCUACUACGGAGACCAGGUUCAAAACAAGGAAGAGGCGAAUCUAUUCAAGAAAUUAGUGACGCAGAUCAACGACAAUAGUGGUGCGAGCCAUCCAGGAGAUUAUCUACCGAUUCUUAAAGUGUUCGGACACAGUUAUGAGAAGAAAGUGAAAGAACUUGGCGAAGCAAUGGACACUUUCUUGCAGCGUCUGCUUGAUGAUUGCCGUAGAGAUGGAGAGAGCAACACAAUGCUUAGUCAUUUGUUGUCUUUACAACAAGAACAACCCAAGUAUUACAGUGACGUCAUCAUCAAAGGCCUCAUGCUCAGCAUGAUGCUUGCGGGAACGGAUACUUCAGCCGUGACGCUAGAAUGGGCGAUGGCUAGUUUGUUGAAAAACCCUGAAGUAUUGAAGAAGGCAAAAGCUGAGAUAGAUGAUAAGAUUGGACAAGAACGUUUGGUCGACGAGCCAGACAUUGUGAAUCUCCCUUAUCUCCAAAACAUAGUUUUGGAAACCUUCCGGUUGUGUCCUGCCGCACCACUUCUUGUCCCACGUUCUCCUUCUGAAGAUAUCAAGAUUGGAGGAUAUGACGUGCCACGUGGCACGAUCGUACUAGUGAACUCUUGGGCCAUCCAUAGAGACCCAAAGCUAUGGGAUGAGCCCGAGAGGUUCAUGCCAGAGAGGUUUGAAGACAAAGAAGCUGCGAACAGUAAUAAGCUUAUGGUGUUUGGGAACGGACGAAGGACUUGUCCUGGUGCAGCUUUAGGGCAGAGGAUGGUGUCUCUGGCUUUAGGAUCGUUAAUUCAGUGUUUUGACUGGGAGAAAGUCAACGGUGAGGAGAUUGAUAUGAGCGAGAAUCCGGGAAUGGCUAUGCGUAAGCUCGUGCCAUUACGAGCCGUUUGCCAUCAGCGUCCCAUUAUGACUAAUGGCUUGGCUUAA